CUUUUUCCGGCAUUCAAGGUCCACGGAGGAGGAGAAGGAGAAGAGGAGGAGGAGACGGUUGUGAUGGUGCACUGGGGGAUGCUUCAGCUCUUCAUCUCCUUCUUUGUCAGCACAGAUCUUCAGACUAAGAUUAGAGGGUCAGGAGCCAAAAACAAAGAAAGAAAAUAGGUUGAGAGAUACAAAGUCGAUGUAUGGAAGUCUCAAUAAUCGGUCAUAAUCACCAAAAAUGAGAUGCCAAGUGUAAAUGAAGUGAAACUUCAUGGCCGCCAAUCAGCUUCGAAAUUGCCGGCUCGAUUGGUGUAUACAACUUCCAUGGUCCACUCCCCUGCCAUCAAUUUGGCCAUAGAAUUCUUAGCUGAUGGAAUCGAUUCUUUGAUCCUGAAGCCAUUUUAUUUGACCACUUAGGAAUCAUGAAAACCACUUGAUGAAGACUGUAAGGUUGAACCCUCAAACUGCCGCAAAUUAGGAGAAUCCAAAACUGUUCCCAUUCAAAGCACUUUCAUAUUGAGAUUUAAAGACCACCAAUGCGUAAGUGCAAGACAACCCCAUAAAUCUCUAUGCCUAACCCCGCGGUCGACCUUUUUGGUCCCUUAAAACUGCAAGGUGCCAUCCAUAGAUUUGAUGGACUAACUUUGGAGAACCAAAGAUGUCCCUCUCUGAUCUUGGUUCAUUCGACACUAGACUACUUGAACUGCACCAGAUAGACCAACUAAUGCAGCAAAGCAAGUCACUGGUGAUUACAGGCCAUUCUGUCGGAGCAACAACAGCCUCCCUCACGGUCCUUUGGCUCCUCUGUCGCCUCAAAUCCACCUUCUCUUCCCCCCCUGUCCUCUGCAUCACCUUCGGCUCUCCUUUACUCGGGAACGAGUCCCUCACCAAUGCCAUUCUUCGGGAGAGAUGGGGAGGGCGAUUCUGCCACAUCGUGUCGAAUUACGACAUCAUGCCAAGGCUGCUCUUCGCCCCAUUACUCUCUGUCACCCAUCAACUCCAUUUCCUGCUGCAGUUCUGGCACUUGUCCAUGGCCUCCCAAACGUCCCAAUGUCCAGUUCUUGCAUUGACUGAACAGGACAUAAACGGAUUCUUCGGAACCAUCUUGUCCAGUGUAGAAGUGACUGCGAGGACAGAGGAAGGCUCAGGAUCGGGAAUGAAGUCCUUCUGGCCUUUCGGGAGUUACUUGUUCUGUUCGGAAGAGGGAGCCAUAUGUAUGGAUAAUGAAACCUGUGUUGUUAAGAUGCUGCAUUUGAUGCUGCUGUCGGGUUCUCCAAGUCGCAGUAUCGAGGACCAUCUCCGGUAUGGAAACUAUGUCAGCAAGCUGAGUUUUCAGUUUCUGACGAGGAGAAAUUUUAUGACAAGGGAGAUAUCCGAGUCGAACUACGAAGCGAGUGUUUCUUUGGCAUUGCAAUCCUCAGGAACGCAUGGACAGGAACCGGUUUCAACAUUGGCUAAAGAUUGUCUGAUAACCGCUAGGAGGGUCGGUCGAGCACCAAACAUCAACAGUGCUAACUUAGCCAUUCGACUGUCCAAGAUCGUGCCCUUCAGGGCAGAAAUAGAAUGGUACAAGGCUUGCUGUGACAAGUCGGACGACCAAAUGGGUUACUAUGAUUCUUUCAAGAGGAGAGGAGCCUCGAAGAGAGAAUCGCGAGUCAACAUGAAUCGGAUCAAGCUGGGGUCAUUCUGGGAUGAUGUGAUUCACAUGUUGGAGAGGAACGAGCUGCCACACGAUUUCCACCGACGGGCCAAAUGGAUAAACGCUUCUCUAUUCUAUAGGCUCCUCGUCGAGCCACUGGACAUAGCUGAGUAUUAUCGCUUGGGCCUUCACCACAGCAAAGGCCAUUACCUUUUGCACGGAAGGGAAAGGAGGUUCGAGAUUUCCGACCGGUGGUGGAGGGAGAGAGAGGGUGCAGAUAAGCAAGAAACCCAUAAGAGGAGCAAGUUCGCGAGCUUGACUCAGGAUUCAUGUUUCUGGGCCAGAGUCGAAGAAGCUUGGGAUUGGUUAGAUGAUGUUAGAAGGGAGACCGACCAUGGGAAAUUGGAAUUUCUCUUGCAAAGGAUUCGAAACUUCGAAAUGUAUGCAGCGAAGCUGAUCGAGACCAAAGAGGUGUCUGAAGAUGUCAUUGCCAAGAACUCGACCUACAGUCUAUGCAUCGAAAAAUGGCGUACAUUGCAAUCAAGUCUUCGACAAGAACAUCAAGAUUCCUCUUUGGCUCUCAAUUAACUCCAGCUAGUAUCGAAGGUUCAACUACGAACAUCUGCACUUUUAGGGUACAUGAUAAAGUGGACGAACUUCUACUGCACCACAAUAUGAUGGUGAAUUCUGAUAAGAUGAAAUGGAUUAAUUUGGAUAAUGAAUGCAACUAUAUACAUAUCAUGUAUGCUUUAUCAUAAAAA